AUGUCGCACGCACGAGCGACUGCGAAUGAUAAACCCGAACCUUUCCCAACGCUUUCCCCUGUGGCCUCAAGCAACGUUGACCCAAUCGAGUCGUCCGCAAUCCACCAGAAUGUGCCACAGCAUCGGGGAACAUCAUCUGCGCACCAAGGGCGGAAGAGCAGCACUCGAAAGUCCAGGACCUCUUCUCUACUACAAAGUAUGCUCGAAAGCAGCCCUCCUUUAGGAGCAUGGCAGGCAAUCGGCCAGGAUACAGCCAAGGGUCCUACUAUUCCAGAUAUCCGACGUGGUAGCUACUCCGCAGAAGGAUGGUCACACGAAGGUCAGCUGGAACAAAGAAAUCACAAGCCACACGACAUCCAUAGAAGGAGACUGAGUCGAGCCAGCUCAAGUCAGGACGGUAGCAGUAUCAGCCAGACAACACCUGCUACCCUCAAUCCUCGAGCCGUUGUAGAAGAGACAACGGAACCAGGUUUACCUGCGGAAAAGAGAGACGUUGAAUACCUGGAUCUUUCAAAGGAAGACGGUCUUUUGGUCGCGCCCCGCCCUCCUGUCGGCCCUAAUGAAGAGGGUGAAUAUCCAAAUGGCUAUCGUUUUCCUAAAAAGCAUACUUGGAGUCAGUCCUGCGCUAUUUACGGCCGUGCGUUCUGGAAAUUCUUUCUUACGGUCAAAGGCUUCUUGCUUACUAUCUAUGGUCUCAACGUGGUGGCUUGGGGUGCCAUGAUCUUCUUCCUACUCAUCCCUGGCGCUACUCCGGCAAUGUGCAAAAGCUAUCCAGAUUGUGACGACAAAAGAUACUCAGCUCGUCAACUCUGGAUCGAGUACUGCAGUCAGAUUCUCACUGCCUUGUUCUGUGUUACUGCUUUUGGCUUGUUGCCGUGGCGACUGAGGGAUUUCUACUACAUGAUUAAAUACCAAGCAUUUGGUGACUACAGCGCGCUUCGAAAGUUAGCUGGAUUCUAUCGUAGCUGGUACAGACUGCCCGGCUCAGAAAAGUUGCCUGAACUACUUGGUCCGCCACAGGAGCCAGCAGAUCUGCAGGCUAAGAGUCUCUUCUCGCUCAAACAGUGGCACAAACAAGCACAAGAGCAUGACGCUGAGAAAUUCAAUGUGAUUGAUGACGAGAUAACUGCGCUCAAUGCUAAUCCAGCAGUACCUUUGCCAGUGUGGUCCAUGCCGCCUGCGCCACUUACUGGUAUUCGUGCUCGACCCACAAAGUUCAAGGCUCUAGCAUGGAUUAUAUGGAUGUAUAUCUGGAACACUCUUUUCCAAGUCGGCCUUUGCGUUGUCAUGUGGGGCUAUAACAGGUUUGAAAGAAAUACGGGCUAUUUCACAGCACUAACGGCAUUGUUUAUUGUGCUAGGCUGUGGAACAGGAAUUGUGGCCGGCAUCAUUACAGGCAGAGAAGGCAAGGCUGUCAAAGGGACCGAAGGUAUACCUGUCAAGGACUAUGACGUACCAGAAACUUCCCAAGAUUACCAGCAACGAAUAGCGAAGAAGAACAAAAAGGAGAAGCGAAAGCAGGGAGAUGGAGCUGUCGUACACACGACCAAGGGCUAA